AUUGCAACUCUAGAUAGUCCUAGCAACUGAUCCAACACCCAACAAUAUGACUCCGAACAACUAGUGGCCAUCCCAGCCUUAUAGAAUCAUCGCGAAUCCGAUCCACCGCACCGUAAUUACCCGGCAGAUCUUGGUUUGAUUGCGUGAUGUCACCCACAUCAAGAGAUCGUCCUGGCUGCAGACUUUCAUCUCAUCUCAUCGAGCUUGAGUGCCGGUUUGGCAUGGGGAUAUCCGAUAUCGAGCUACGGGCAGCAUUUGGAUGGCUAUGGCGACCUGUGCCACAACGCCUCCUCGUACUAGCGCUCGUCCCGUCUCACAGCCUCAUGGUGCCAGCAGUUGCCACGGAGAUCCGCAGUAACCGCACAAGCUUCGCUUCAAUUUUGCUGGACUGGAGAGACCAAGACUAUUAGAUAACCUAGUCAGACUGUUUCAUUGCUCCCGUGACUUCUGCCUUGACUUCUAGGUUCACCUGACCCAGACCAAGACAGUCAUCAAACUAGCCGCAGUGUAGGUACGGA